GCGACGUGCGAACAUGUGGUGACUGUCGAUAGUAAGUUUUGCUUUUGGACUUGUAGAGCAAAGAAGCACAUAUACAGAUAGUCAGGUGAACUGUGCGGAAUCGUUUUUUUUUUACGAGCACAAUGCUUGUGGCCUUCACAACGCUAAAAUGAGAAAUUUGUCAAACUGACCACUUCAAAUUAGCAUUUUAUGAUGGCAGUACAUUGGUCAACUAGAGCAGCAGCAUCCAGAAUUCUACAGGGCACUCUUGGAUCAGCAGCAACGAGACAUGAAGAGAGUAAAAUGAUGCCACAUGCCAGGGUCCAGCCAAAAGAAAUAUCAGAUCUUCUUCCAAGAAAGGGGUUUAAGGCAACACAUGUGGACGAAUUCAAAAGUAAAAACACAGUUGUUAGAGCUGCUUUGAACAAUUUGAACAGAAGAGAGACCAAGAAUGACGGAUACUCCUGGAUAGAACAAUGGCUUUGGGAUACCUCUGCCAUAAAUCCUGCUAUGGAUUCUGUAACAGUUCUUAUUUCAUCUAUGAAAACCCACCCAAAACAACAAAACAAGACUAAGGCAUGCAGUGAUACACUUCAAGAAAAACCCGUGCGAAGAGUGAUGCAGUUAAAAAGUGGUUUUUGCCACAUUGGUAGGACUAGCAAUAAACUCUGUAUGAGUACACAAAGAACUCUUGUGGAUGGGAUGCGUUCCAUCUGUUCCGUCUCAGGACCAAAUGGUGACUCUUGCUUAAGGAAUGAACAUUUUGCAGAAUUUAUAGCUGAGAAGAUAGUAGAGAGCCAGCUGGUGGACCUGGACAAAACUCUGGUUUUAGAUUGUGAUCAAGGGCAUGGUCUCUUGAGUAGAAAUCUGUUGAAGAAAGGGGUAGGCAGGGUUCAUGGGUUAGUUCAGAAGUCUGCUGAUUGUUCAGAACUGCAGUUGCUAAAAAGUGAGAAUAGUAGAUAUGACUUUACAGAGAAUGUGGUAGUCAACAGCGUAAAAGGAAAAUCAAUAUUGCACUGCUUUGAAGAUUUUAAAGAGAGGACGUGGACUGACGAUCCAGCAUGGAGUUUGUUCUUGGGAGUGCUGAAAGGGCGGCCUAUGUUGUUUCACCUUCCUCAUAGCCUUUUGAACCAGGGAUGGAUGUUCUCAUUUGGAAGGCCGCAGAUAUUUAUACUUUUACGUAAAAAAGAUUUGGAGAUCCUAGAUUUAUCAUUUUUCCAAAAAAACCUCCGUAUUUAUUCUAAGAGUGCAGUUUUACUUGGCUUACUUUUUGACCAUGAAAUUAUAACACAGGUUCCUGUCAGUUAUAUGCAGACAGAAGGAAACCUGAACCCACUAGAAAAAAUAGAUGAUGAUGAAGUAGGCACCAGUUGUAAGCAGGAAGAUGCCCUAAACCUGGUGAAAUUUGUGCCAAAGAAACAGCUUCAUUCCGAGGUGUGCACAGAGGAGCAUUUCCUGGAGCUAGAGUUCUUUUUCCUGGAGCUUCUAUCCAAGCCACGCUUGCCACUAGUAUCCAAGAUAGGAUUGAUGAAUGCAGAGUUUGGUUUUGAGCUGGUCAAGAGAGGUUACUUCAUGAACAAGACCAUUGGCCAGUGCUCUCCUCUGGAACUGCUGGACUUAUUCAAAUUACUCCUCUCCAGUCCAGCUUAUGAACACUUAGGAUUGCUUCCUAAAAAUAAACCUGUACAGGAACAGUCUGCAGAAGUACCGUCACCUGCAGAAGUGCCAUCACCUGCGGAUGCAAAAGCUUAAUUGCGAAUAGAUGAGUGAAAGGCUAGAAGCUGGAAAACAGAGGAUGUGGAAGCAGAAAGAAAUUUUGAUGAGAAGGUUCUUUUGGAGGAAUCAUCAUGGAAGGAAUCUGUGAAGCAUGUAAUGAUGAGAGAGGAAUGACAGUUUGUGGUCAGAGCACACUGACAAAAUUUAAUACUGCUUCAAAUACAGCAUCUUCUGAAUUGACACAGCAAGAGGUAAAAAAACUAUUAGGAAAACAGAAAGCAAGAUUUUUUUU